AUGGGUAAUGUAGCUACAGAUGAGUUUUCGACUCAUAAUGAUAUUCCACCACAAUCACAACCACAACCAGAGUCACAGCCACAGCUAGAGCCACAACCGCUUACCAUUUUAAAUGAAGUAGAAGUUGCUGGUCCUUUAGUUUGUAUGGACAAGACUGAGUUUGGAUCAUCUCAUGGAUCUACUUUCAGUGAUGGAUCUAGUUUAGAGGUUGGUCAGUACUUUACAAGUAAGAAUGAUUUGAAGGAAAAGCUGCAUUUAAUAGCUUUGAAAGGGAAGUUUGAGUUUCAAACAACAAAAUCAAAUAAAGACGUGCUUGUAGUAGAGUGUGUGGAUCCGAAAUGUGUGUGGCGUAUCCGAGCCUGCAAACUGAGACUGUCGAACAUGUUUGUAAUCCGCAAGUAUAAUGGUGUUCACUCUUGCUCGUUAGAAAAGCGUUCGACGGACUUUAGUUAUUACAAAGGAUGGAAGGCUCGUGAGCAUGCACUUCAACUCGUAAGAGGUAUGGCCGAAGAAAGCUUCACUAAGCUCCCAUCAUACUUUCAUAUGGUGUCUCUUACUAAUCACGAUAGCAUCACCAAUAUUCAUUUUGAUGAACAGAACCAUGUUAUCUAUCUUUUCCUAGCAUAUGGACCUUCUAUACGAGGUUUUGGUUGCAUGAGGAAAGUUAUCAGUGUUGAUGGAACGUGGUUGAAGGGAAAAUUCAGAGGUAUGUUGUUAGUUGCCACUACACAAGAUAGUGAACGUCAUUGUUAUCCCAUCGCAUGGGCCAUUGUAGACUCAGAGAAUGAUGCAUCCUGGACAUGGUUCUUCUCGAACUUGAAGGUGAUUAUCACUGAUUCUGAGGAAUUAGUUUUUAUUUCUGAUAGGAAUCAAAGUAUAAGUAAUGCAUUGUCUACAGUUUAUUCAUUAGCACAUCACGGUUGUUGCACAUGGCAUGUGUCUCAAAACAUCAAGAGUAAUUUCAUAUGUAGCGGUGUUCUGCCAUUGUUCUUUAAAACCGCUGAGGCCUACCGCAUUGACGAGUUUUCUGUCUUGUUUGAUGAGUUGUCUGCAAGAUAUCCCAGUGUUGCUAGAUACCUACAGGAGCAAGUUCGUUUUGAAAUGUGGUCUCAUGCUCAUUUUAAAAGAAAUCGAUAUAAUAUUAUGACCACAAACAUGUCUGAGUCAGUUAAUGCAAUGCUCAAAGAUGUUCGAGAUUACCCUGUCAUUGCCCUCUUUAAUUUUAUACAAGCGAAGAUGUCAGAGUGGUUUAAUAACAGGCGGGUCGAAGCUUCUAAAACUAAAACAUUAUUAACGCCAAGUGUGGAAAAAACUCUUCGUGAGAGGCACAACAAAGCAGGAUUUCUAAUGGCCAGAAGACUUAAUACUGUUGAGUUCCAAGUGACAGGUGGAGAGGCCAAUGCAAUUGUCAACAUUGGAGCGAGGAGUUGCACUUGCCGUGUGUUCGAACUUGAGCAGAUACCAUGCGAGCAUGUAAUAUCAUGA